CAACAGAAAGCUCAUUUUCUUCGGGAAACACAUGGUGAUCGUGGCAUGUAACUAGACCGCUUCAAAGCAAAGCGCAAACCAGCAUCUGUGGCGAAUCUGUCGCUUCCAAUGUGUGGUCUCGUGGAGGCCGCCCGAGGAAGCCGUCGUCGCGCGGAGCAGGGCUCGUCUCCACGGGAAGAGGUGCUCGCGUGUGCUGCCAUCAUGAAUGACUGGAUGCCCAUCGCCAAGGAGUACGACCCGCUGAAGGCUGGCAGCAUCGAUGGCACUGAUGAGGACCCUCACGACCGCGCCGUCUGGAGGGCCAUGCUGGCACGCUACGUCCCCAACAAGGGCGUCACCGGGGACCCCCUCCUCACCCUGUUCGUGGCCAGACUGAACCUGCAAACCAAAGAGGACAAACUGCGGGAAGUGUUUUCCCGCUACGGGGACAUCCGGCGGCUGCGGCUGGUCAGGGACCUGGUGACCGGCUUCUCCAAGGGCUACGCCUUCAUCGAGUACAAGGAGGAGCGCGCGCUGCUCAAGGCCCACCGCGACGCCGACGGGCUGCUCAUCGACCAGCACGAGGUCUUCGUGGACUUCGAGCUGGAGCGCACGCUGCGCGGCUGGAUCCCCCGGCGGCUGGGCGGAGGGCUGGGCGGCAAGAAGGAGUCGGGGCAGCUGCGGUUCGGGGGGCGGGACCGGCCCUUCCGGAAGCCCAUUAACCUGCCCGCGGUGAAGAGCGACCUCUACCGCGAAGGCAAACGGGAGCGGAGGGAGCGCUCGCGAUCCCGGGAGAGACACUGGGACUUCAGGGCGCGCGAUCGGGACCACGACCGGGGCCGGGAGAAGAGGUGGCAGGACAGGGAGCAGGCCCGGGCCUGGCCUGACGGCGACUGGGACCGAGAGCGGGACCUGCGGGAGGACAGGCUCAAGGGGCGGGAGAAGAGGGACAGGAGCAAGUAGCAGCCCCUGGCGGCCAGGAAGAGGUGCUGUGUGGGUGGGUGGGGAAGGGGUCAAUAAAACCUGCUGAUGAUGGGG